AUGCCGUUUGGGCUGAAGAACGCAGGCGCCACGUAUCAACAGCUCAUGAACAGAGUGUUCCAAAAGCAGACCGGGCGAAACUUGGAGGUAUACGUAGAUGAAAUACUUAUUAAAUCACUCCGAGUGGUCGACCUGUGUGCAGAUAUAGAAGAAACCUUCCGGACACUCAGAACGUACGACGUCAAACUGAAUCCGCAAAAGUGUCUGUUCGGGGCUAAAAGCGGACGAUUCCUGGGCUACAUUGUUACCGAGCGGGGCAUAGAUGCGAACCCUUGCAAAGUGAAGGCGCUGCAGGACAUGCCACCGCCCCGAAACAUGAAGGAAGUGCAACGCCUCACUGGGUGGAUAACAGCCUUGUCACGGUUCAUUUCUAAAACAGUCGACUGGAGUUUACCAUUCUUCAAGAUUUUACGCCGAGCAGCCAAAUUCCAAUGGGACCAAGAGUGUGACCAGGCUUUCGAAGAAUUAAAUGUGUAUCUGAAUUCAUUACCUGUACUGGCUAAGCCAGCCGCCGGUGAACCGCUCCGUAUCUACCUAUCCUCGACCGAGCAGGUUGUCGGCUCGGCGCUAGUAAGGCAGAAUGGCGAAGAGCAGCCUGUGUAUUUCUUAAAUCAUAUCCUAAAGGAUGUUGAAUCCCGCUAUACUGGUCUCGAAAAGCUUGCCUUCGCUUUAGUCCUCGCCGCUCGGAGACUCCGGCCCUAUUUCCUGGUGCACACAAUCAUUGUCAUGACGAACAACCCUCUGGGGAGAGUCCUCCUUAACCUAGAGGCGUCCGGACGGCUGAUUAAAUGGACUACCGAGCUCAGUGAAUUCGAUAUUCAAUAUCAGCCCCGCACAGUGAUUAAAGCGCAAUUCCUAGCGGACUUCAUCACGGAAGUACAAAAUCCCGAGCAGGAGGCUUCCUGGAGGGUUUAUGUGGAUGGGUCAUCAACUCGACUCAGGAGCGGGGUCGAAUACGAAGCCCUCAUAGCGGGACUGCAGGCCGCUCGACACGUGGGAGCGAGCCGAGUGAUUAUCUUCUCUGACUCUCAGCUCACUGCUCGGCAACUCUCGGGAGCUUUCGAGGUCAACAAUGCGAGGCUCAAGCUCUACGUGGAGGCCUUCGAAAGGCUCAAGACCAGCUUUGGCGAGGUGGUGGUACAAAAAAUUCCUCGAGCAGACAGCCAGGCGACGAAUGAGUUGGUGAAGCUGGCUAGUUCAAUAACACCGAUCGACAUUCAACAAGCAAUAGAGCAGUUAUCCUUAGUAGCGCACAUUGACAGGAUGGAGGGCCACACGUUCCCCAGCGACUGGAGGACGUCUAUAAUAGAGUACUUGGGGUCAGGAGCCACUCCUUCUGACCAGAAUGAAGCUCAGCUUCUGAGAAGAAGAGCUGGUCGGUUCACCCUCAUCGGGGACCAGCUUUACAAGAAAGCUUUUUCCCGACCAUUUUUAAAGUGCAUCAGCUCGGAGCACACGGAAUAUAUAUUGAAGGAAGUACAUCAAGGAUCUUGCGGAGGACACCCUGGCGGCCGAUCAUUAGCGAGAAAGAUCUUGCUAGCCACGUACUUCUGGCCGACUCUCCAGGAAGACGCCGCUCGGACCGUAGCCACUUGCCUCUCUUGCCAGAAGUAUCACAUCUUCUCCCACCGACCGACGAAAGAGAUGAAGGCGUCUACGCAUUCCGAGGCGGCUCGUGUCCUACAAUGGGCGGCAGCUCAUAGGACAGGAGCUCCAAGAAUGGUGCGAAGGGUACGGCAUCGAACAACACUUCACCUCUGUGGCAUACCCGUAGAGCAACGGACAAGCCGAAGUUGUCAAUCGAGAGAUUCUUCGAAUUCUGAGGAUACGACUCGACCUCCUCGGGGCAGCUGGGUGGACGAGCUCCCUGGCGUCUUAUGGGCACUCUGCACGACUCCUAAGGAAGGAACGGGGGCCACGCCGUUCCACUUGGUGUACGAAGGAGAGGCUGUCGUGCCAAUAGAGGUUGGGAUCGAAUCCGAUCGGGUGCAGCAAUAUGACGCGGACAACACCGAGCGAAGGCAGCUGGAGCUGGAUUUGGUAGAUGAGGCACGAGCUAAAGCAACUGUUCGGCUAAUGGCGUACCGGCAGAGAAUGAAGCAAAACUACAAUAGGCGAGUAAUCGCCAGAGCAUUCCAGGUCGGUGAUCUAGUAUGGAAGAAGGUAAAGCCAGCUGGUUAUGUAAGCAAGCUGGAGGCUCCCUAG